AUGAAUGGGAUGUUGGCUACCUGCAUCGGCCGCCCCCGCGGGGGAGGCAGACGGCCAGGCGCAGCUCCGGGCUACCGGCGGCAGCUCCCGUGGCUGCGGCCGCGGUGGAUCGGGAUGCGAUGUGGGGUGGAGACAGACGAGCAGGACUGCGUGACCGCGUGGUGGCACAUGGUCGCGCGGAAUCUGAGGCGCACAGUUCAUAGCUGCCGGGGAGAGGAUGCUAAGGGGAAGGGCCGUAGCUGGUAUGAAGCAGCUCUCCAUGAUGGCAACCCAAUUAUUGUUUAUCUUCAUGGCAGUGCAGAGCACAGGACUACUCCUCAUAGACUUGAGCUAGUAAAGGUGCUGAGUGAUGGUGGUUUUCAUGUCUCGUCUGUUGACUCUAGAGGGUUUGGGGACUCGACGGGUAAGCCCACGGAGGACGGGUUGACUUCGGAUGCUAUUUGUGUCUAUGAGUGGACCAAGGCAAGAAGUGGUACCACCCCCCUGUGUCUCUGGGACCACUCUCUGGGAACAGGAGUUACAACAAAUGCUGCAAAAGUUCUAGAAGACGAAGGAUUCCCAGUUGAUACUAUUAUCCUGGAAGCUCCAUUUACCAACAUAUGGGUUGCAAAUAUCAAUUAUCCCUUGUUAAAGAUUUACCGGAAACUUCCAGGAUUUUAAUGCAUGCUUAUGGAUGCCCUGAGGAAAGAUGAACUAGUCUCCCUCAAUGAUGAAAAUGUUAAAUUCCUGUCUUCUCCCCUUCUUAUCAUACACGGUGAGGAUGACAAAACGGUGCCUUUGGAAUUUGGAGAAAAGCUCUAUGAAAUUUCACACAAUGCAUAUAGGAACAAAGAGAGGGUGAAGAUGGUGAUCUUUCCUCCUGGCUUCCAAAACAACUUCCUUUGUAAAAGCUCCACACUAUUAAAAACCAUGAGAGAUUUCCUGAGCCAGCAGUGGGCAUGA